CACACAUAAACAUUCGGCUCUACGGCUGCUGCUGUUCCAGUUCUUUCCCUGCCGCUGCCGCUGCUGCUACCGAACACCAUUAAAAAAAGAGAGAGUGUGUGAGUCGAGAACCUUUCUCCCCCAACGGUCACUUCGUCAUCCCCAACCCAAACCAACCGUUCGCCUCCUCCGUCCUGUCCAGCCAGGAGAGGAGGUCCUCCUUCCACGCGAGCGAGCGGAGGAGGGAGAGCAGCGAGGCAGCCAGCAGAGGUGCCGAUCGAGGUGAUGAGGAAUCAUCGCCAUCAUCAUUAACUCCUCGUCUUCCUUCCCCUCGAAAGCGCCGCCACCACCGGAUCCAAGUAUCCAACACCUCCGCUCUCGAAAGUCCAAACCCUGUCCCCGUUCCUUCGCUUUCUCCCUCCGCUCCCGCUUUUAACGCGCGCGUGGCUACCGCCUGGGUCAUGCCCCUGCCGCCGCGAUGGCUCGUAGCGGCGUGGAGGUGAUCGCCAGCAGAGGGUGCUCGAAGCUGCUCCUUCCCGGGAUGCAGCCCUCCUCUGCCUCCGCCGCUUCCUCCUUUGCAUCUGCCUCGCGCGCCUCCGCCGCCGCUCAGAGACAGCCUGAAGGCGCCUUCGCCGGCCUGGUCAUCUGCGUCACGGGGCUGUCCAAAGAGGCUAGAAUUCAGGUGAAGGAGGCGGCCGAGAGGCUGGGAGGCGAGUACAGCGGGAGCUUGCACCCCAAAUGCACUCAUCUUGUGGUGCAGAGCUUUGCCGGCCGCAAGUUCGAGCACGCGCUCAAGCAUGGCCCCAGGAAUGGGCUCUUUGUUGUGACACUGGGCUGGUUUGUAGAUUGCGUUCGAAGGAACAUGAGGCUGGAUGAAUCCUUGUACAGUAUCAAGAACAUGGGGGAGAACGGCCUGCCACUCGGGGAGUUCAACAGGCUUGUUGGAGUUCCUGUUAGCGAGCAGUCAUGCCUUCCACCAAUGAUAUUUCAAGACAAAGCAUGCUCAGGCGCAACUCAGAAGCAUCAGCUUCAGGGUCCUAGAGAGAAACCUGAACAUGACUUGUUCGUUUUUGCGAAUGACACGAUCUACAUUGAUCCUGGGAUAUCUGGUGAGAUGAAGAAGAAGAUAUCUGAUGCUGCUACUAGAGAAGGUGCAAAAUUGUUGGACCAUUGGUUUAUUGGUUGCCAUGCCACAUAUGUUGUGUGUGAGGAUGCUUCUGUCAAGAGAUAUGUUGGUCACUCAGACAACAUCGUAACACCACUUUGGAUCUUGAAAACAGUGAAAGAAAAGAACUUGCAGCGUCUUGUCCACUUGUCUUCAGACCUAGCUAGACAGGUUGCUGUGGUUUUAGAAAAUUUCCAGACAUCUCAAGAGAAUAGAAAACUUGGGAGUGUUCCUUCUCUGGACUCAAAGGGCACUGGAUUGCCACCAACCGGAAUGGAGGUAAACGAGAUUCACCAGGAGAGGCAAAAUUUUGUUGAAGUAGCAAAAAAAGAUAUUCGAGAACGCCGUGUCCGCCGUAUGCAGUCAUGUGAAGUACCAAUCCAUCCGCUCACACCAGUCACACUUCUGGAUUCAAUCUGCUGGACAAUAUCUGAGUCAGCUUCAUCUGCGUGUAUUUAUACGGAUUCAUCAUGGUCUGAUGAUGCCAAUGAGCAGCAAAGCACUACUUAUUUUGAUGCAAAUGGGGAUGGAAAGGAUCGGGACCAGUCAGCCGAUAAUUUCUCCCGUCCGCUAAGAGAAAGUGAGAGAAGUGAGGUAAUUUUUAAGAACCAUUUCUUUACCAUACUCUUCCCUCUGGAUCGUUUUGGAGAGCUUGGACCUUCGUCGAGGACAUUCUUCAGCCAUGGUGGCUUUACAUGUGCACAAGUGUUGGAUCACAUCUACAAUUUCUACCAGGAAAACAUGUCAACGGACGAGAUAAAUGUUGCCUUGCACACGGAUUCACGGCAUGCGGAUCGGCUUCGUUCCCUGUACGCAAGUGCUGAAUCUGUAGAAAGAGGCUUUGUAGCAGUCAGAAGAAUCGAUUUUUUGGGAAGCCGGAGAAGUUUCGAGGCACUAAAGCGCCUUAACAGAGAGAACAACAGCAAUGUAUACGAGCUUGUGAUUAGGGCAUGAACGGCAACCAUACUCAGUGCCAUUCAAUCAAAUUUAUUUGUUGCUUACAGGUUGAAAAUGAUGUAGAAUGUCCACGUGUGCAUAAGAAUAAUUUGUAGAAAAUAACACACAGCUUAAUGAAAAGGUUUUCUGGAUCGUUCAGUCUCA